AUGUUUCUUGAUCGAGAUUUUAUAAAUAUGUUGUGUGAAUUACGUUUUGAAUUGAGUACAAGUUUGGAAAGUAAAGAGAUAAUUAUUAAUAGAAUUCGUCUGAAAAGUUUAUUGUGUACAUUAGAAGAUAAUUUCAAUGAAACAACUAGCGAUGAAUUCGACAAAUUAACCGAAAUUUUCUUUAAAACCAUGCAAGAAAGAAAUCUCGAUUUUGAAUUGUCACAAAAAAAUCAACAGAAUGAUGCUGAUCGUAAUAUUAUAACCAUUCUACAAGAUUCGAUGAAACUCGAUUCAGUACGUUGUCGUCUUUAUGGUCGUUAUAAAUGA